AUGGCAAAACGGAAGGUGGACAGUGAAAACCGGGGGUUUCAAACAAGGUAGGAGUUUGAGUACAUGUUCACGGAGGUAGCUGGAAAACCUGUGUGUCUUCUAUGUGGAGAAAGUGUGGCGGUGAUGAAAGAGUUUAAUAUGAGACGGCAUCAUGAAACAAAACACAAAGACAAAAACAAGAUUCUGGACAUGGAACAAAGGCUAUAGAAGGUCGAGGAAUUAAAACGAGGCCUCAAAUCUCGACAGGGUCUGUUCAGAAAAGCCCAGUCACAAAGCGAGGCUGUUGUCAAGGCCAGUUUUAUUUUAGCAGAGGAGAUCGCUAAAUCAGCCCGGCCAUUUACAGAGGGGGAUUUCAUCAAAAACUGUUUGCUUAAAGUCUGUGACGAACUUUGCCCAGACAAAAGACAGCUCUUUUCAAACAUCAGCCUGAGCAGAAAUACUAUUGCUCAUCGCGUAGACCUGUUGUCUGACAAUCUAAAAGAGCAGCUUGUUACAAAGGGAAAAGAUUUCAUCGCAUAUUCCCUGGCUGUGGACGAGAGCACAGACAUUUCUGACAUUGCCCAGCUGUCAGUUUUCAUCCGCGGAGUGGACUCCAGCCUAAACGUGACUGAGGAGUUGUUAGCGCUACGUCCUAUGCAUGGCACAACUACGGGACAUGAUUUGUAUGAGGAGGUCUCAAGAUGUGUAAACGAGAUGGAGCUGCCUUGGGAAAAACUCGUGGGUCUGACAACAGACGGAGCACCUGCGAUGUGUGGACAUAGGAGUGGACUGGUGGCAAAGAUACGGGAGAAGAUGCAGAAGGAAAACGUCACACGUGAGCUAACAGCUUAUCACUGUAUCAUACACCAAGAGUCGUUGUGUGGUAAAGCCUUGAAAAUGAAAGAUGUAAUGAGCACCAUCACAUGCGCAGUUAACUUUAUUAGAGCCAAAGGGUUAAAUCACCGCCAGUUUAAGUCAUUUCUGAGCGAGUUAGAAACGGAGCAUGGUGAUUUGCCCUAUCACACUGAGGUGCGGUGGCUAAGCCAGGGAAAGGUGCUGCGCAGGUGUUUCGAGCUUCGUGGGGAGAUUUGUUUGUUCUUGGACAGCAAAGGGAAAGACACAACACAACUCCGAGACAAAAGGUUUCUGUGUGAAAUGGCUUUUCUGUGUGACAUUACGAGUCACCUGAACGCAAUGAACCUGCAACUGCAGGGUCCUCGUGUCAUCUCUGAAAUGUACAGUACAGUGAAGGCGUUUCAAACCAAACUGACUCUGUGGGAGGCACACAUGCGGAAAGAAAACUUGAGCCACUUUCCAAGCUGUCAGACCAUGAAAGAUGAGCUAUCUACCAGUAUUUUCCCGAGCACAGAAUUUGCUGAUAAAAUUAGUAUACUCGCUGCUGACUUUCGACACCGAUUUGCUGACUUUGAAGCACAAAAAAACAGGUUUGCACUGCUCAGCAAUCCAUUUGCCGUUGAUGUGGAAAGCUCACCGCCAAACCUCCAAAUGGAGUUGAUUGAGCUACAAUGCGAUGAUGCGCUGAAGGCAAAAUACGAAGCAGUGGGUGCUGCGGAGUUUGCGCGCUUCCUUCCCGACACAAUGCCCCAGCUGCGCACCCAGGCUGCUCAAACGUUGUCGUUUGGCAGUACAUACCUGUGUGAACAACUGUUUUCAUUAAUGAAGCUGAACAAAACAUCAGACAGAAGUCGACUUACUGCUGAACACCUUUACUCAGUUCUGAGGAUUUCCUCAGCUCAGAGCCUGACCCCGAACUUUGAUGAACUUGUGCAAAAGAUGAAACACCACCAAGUAUCAGCCUCAGCCUCAAAAACGUAA